CUGGAGAGGAUUUUCGGCCCAGCUGAGACGAAUGCAGACGUCUUCGAAGAGCUUGAGCAUCUCCUUUUGUCGGCCCUCUCAGGCAAGAUCGCGACGAUCUUCGCUUAUGGCGCGUCGGGAACUGGAAAAAGUCACACGCUAAGUUAUCAGCAGAAUGAGAACUCGCAGGACCCUGACAGAGACGGGAUUAUUCCUCGGCUCAUUGCAAUGAUGUUUAAGCAUGCGGAGGAGGAGCAGGCAGUAUCAUCAUACCAGUUCAGUCUUUCAGCUACUGAGAUUUACUUAGAUGACAUGUAUGACCUGCUGUCCAGACAUAGAGUAGCUCCAAAAAUAGCGCUCGGUGAAGAGUCAUGGGUUGAAGUUGCCGAUUGGAUAUCGGCUAACACGGUGAUCGCAAGGGUCUCGGAGAAACGCCAACAGGCGGAGACUAAAGUAAAUGUGAGAUCUUCAAGGUCCCACUUGACACUCCGUUUUCGAAUUCAACGAACAUCAGUAAAUAAUGAUGACGAUAGAUGUGUUUUCGGGCAGAUCAACAUUGUUGACCUUGCUGGUUCUGAGAGCAUAAGCGAUAAGACUGGUCAGCGACACGCUGAAGGACAGAGCAUCAACAAGUCACUUGGCGAUCUUGUGAGCAUAUUAGAGCAACUCGGAAAGGGGCAGAGGCCCUACCCGACCACGACUCUCGGGAAGACCUUGCGAGCCGCCUUCGAGAAGCCUGCCAAAGUCGCCAUGUUGAUUACUGUCUCCCCAUUGAAGAAAGGUUAUCCUUCGACAAGGGCCACGCUUCGAACUGCUGAAACCGCCCAUAAAGCGAGAAAAGAUCCAUUGGCACGCCCGAGGACCCGAAAG